CCUCCUACCCUUUUUUUCCCGCGAUGACGUGAUGCACCCAGUGUACGCUAUUUAUUCCUUCGAUCUGAAAUCAGGAAGAACAGUGUUGAGCAUCGAGACAUCAGGAGUCAUGAAGAGUCUACUAUCCAUCGUCGGCGUUGCCGCCAUGUUGGCGCUUUCUGUUACUGCAUCUUCGUUGGCGUUCGAUGACAAUCAGACGGAGGCUCUUAACCAGCUUAGGGAGAGACGAAGUCCACAAGGGGGUUCCCAAGAUUGUAUUCCUCCACCAAACGGCCCACCCCCAAAUGGACCACCACCAAAUGGACCACCACCAAAUGGACUUCCUCUAUGUGGCCCACCGCCAUCCGAACUUCCAUCUGGACUUUCAACCGCCGCGAAUGGACCAAUGGUAUCUAUUGAGAAGUCGAGGAUGAGAAGAACCUUGAUGCGUCAACUCGCUGCACAGGGGGGACAAGGGGGACAGGGUGGACAAGGAGGACCGAAUAUUCCCAUGCCGGGUGGUGGUGGAAUGGACAUGGGCAACAUGGGCAACAUGGGUAUACCCAACCCAAUGGGAGGAGGUGGUGGACGUAACAUGGGAUGAACGAAAACCAAAUAUUUUUCAGAGUUACAGGGUCGAUAAUGUAACGUAAAACCGGUUCUUGUUUGUACUUUGUAGAUUUUUGAUGUUCAGACAACGAAAUAAAUAUUUUGGCAGUAAAAA